AAUAUAUUAUUUAAAAUUGGUUGGAAAUGCAUGCGAAGUGCGACACCUCGAUUUUCGAGGUAUCGAGACGAUCGAUGUUGCGUCACCAAUCACCGUCCACUCAGGUCCGUUCGUGUCGAAGUGCAUCUCGGCCCGUCAUUUGGCUUCCGCAGCCGUCCGUAGCGCUCGUGGUUCGCGUGCAGCAAAUGGAGUGCGGCUGAAUUGUCGUCUGCAUAACAUAACCUUCUAACCAAUUUUUGGACCCCGACAGUAAACAAGUGGGGCGAUUCUGCCGAGCGGUUUCUCCGCCUGAGAAUAUCCCGCGAUGUCUGAGAACGCGAGCGAGGCGGCGCUGCCGGCCGAGAAGGAAGCCGCUGCCGCCGAGGAGUCGCCGAGCGUCGUCUCGGAGGAGGACCGGCAGUUCUUGACAGAGUACGUGCAGGAAACUGAGCAGAGGCUCGCGACGAAGGAGGAGAUUCGCGCGGCCAAUCUGAACCCCACGAGGCCGCCGGACGCGUCGUUCAGCAAGCUCGACUCGAGCCUCAAGCGGAACACCACGUUCGUGAAGAAGCUCAAGAACUUCAGCAUGACCCAGCUCGACACGGUGCUGAAGGACAUGGCGAAUUUGAACCUGACCAAGUACGUGAGCGAGGUGGCCACCGCUCUGGUGGACGCCAAGAUCAAGAUGAACGACGUCGCGCCCGCCAUCAGGGUGUGCAGCUUCCUCCAUCAGACGUACGCCGAGUUCUCCGUUCACUUCUUCGAGAACUGGCAGAGGAUACUGUCGUUGAAGACCUGCGACAAGAUCGCGAAUCCCAGCAAGCUGAGGGUGGACCUGCGAUUCUACGCCGAGCUGGUGAACGCUGGGAUAUUCACGCACAAGCAGGGCUUGCCGCUGCUCGGCUCGGUGCUCACUGUGCUGAUUAACAUGGACAAGGAGGAGCACAAUAACGCCAGCAUCAUAUUGAGCUUCUGCCGGCACUGCGGCGAGGACUACGCCGGUCUCGUGCCGAAGAGAGUGCGCGAGCUGUCCGAGAGGUUGAACGUUUCGAUUCCAAAGAGUAAGCUACUGUCGCCGGACAAGCAGCAGAACGUAAGGCUGCUGCUGCGCGAGUAUUACAACUCCAUGUGCAAGCACAUGGUGAAGGAGCACAAGGAGCUGCAGGCGUUCGAGAAGCAGAAUCGCAAGAUACUCCAGACCAGGGGCGAAUUGAGCUCGGAGCGGAAGGAGAAGCUGGACGCUCUGCAAGUUUCUUACGAGCGUCUGUUGACCAGCGUGCAGAACUUCUCCGACACGCUGGACGAGCCGAUGCCCGAGCUUCCGGUGGACAACGAGGUAAAGGUGGAGGCGGAGGAAACGCUCAAGAUGAUCAACGAGGGCGAGGACAGCACCUUGUUGGAGGAUAUGUGGGGCGACGACGAGACGAGACGCUUCUACGAGGUGCUACCGGAUCUGGUGGUCCUCCUACCGGGCUCGUACCUCAAGGACACCCCGAAGGACACCGCGAAAACGGACGCGGCGAUAACGGAGGACGCUCUCGACGAGGAAAUUGUCUUCGACGAGCUCGAGGAGACCGAGAAGAUCGAGGAGCCGCCGGAGGUGGAGGUGGAGGAGCCGCAGGUGUCCAAUACGAGCAACAAAAUCAUGCUGGACGCUUUCUUCACGCAUCUACCGAAUUGCGUGAAUCGCGAGUUGAUCGACAACGCCGCGGCCAACUUCCUGAUACACCUCAGCACGAAGCACAACAAGAAGAAGCUGGUGAAGGCGCUCUUCGGCGUUUCUAGGAUCCGCCAGGACCUGCUGCCCUUCUACUCGCGCCUAACCGCCAUUCUCUAUCAGGUGAUGCCCGAGAUCGGCAAUGACCUCUGCCAGAUGCUGAAGCAGGACUUUAAGUACCACGUGCGCAAGAAGGAUCAGAUCAACAUCGAGUCGAAGAUCAAGGUGGUCCGCUACAUCGGCGAGCUCGUCAAAUUUAAACUCUACUCCAAAAUAGAGGCGCUCUACUGCCUGAAGGUCCUGCUGCACGACUUCACGCAUCACCACAUCGAAAUGGCCUGCAACUUGCUGGAGGUUUGCGGCCGAUACCUCUUCUGCUCGCCGGAUUCUCAUCAGAGGACCAAGGUCUACCUGGAGCAGAUGAUGCGCAAGAAAGCGGUCACCGCGCUCGACUCGCGCUACGUCACGAUCAUCGAGAACGCGUACUACUUCGUGAACCCGCCCGAGUCGACCGGCGGCGUCGCGAAGAAGGACAGACCGCCGGUGCACGAAUUCAUCAGGAAGCUGCUGUAUCAGGAUCUAUCCAAGACAAAUACCGACAAGGUGCUCAAGUGGAUGCGUAAACUCGACUGGGAGGACGAGAGCGUGUCGUCCUACGCCGUGAAAUGUCUCACUGCCGCCUACAACGUUAAGUAUCUUAAUAUCCGAUGCGUGGGAAGCCUGCUGGCCGGCUUGGUGGCGCAUUACGAGACGAUCGGACCGCAGGUAGUCGACGGUGUGUUCGAGGACAUACGGCUGUGCAUGGAGAUCAACCUGCCAAAGUUCAAUCAGCGACGCAUCGCCAUGGUCAAGUACCUAGGUGAGCUGUACAAUUACCGAAUGGUGGAGAGCGGCGACAUUUUCCGUACCUUGUACCAGCUCAUCACCUUCGGCAUCAGCACGGACCACUCGUCGCCGAGCGCCCUCGACCCGUCCGAUAAUCUCUUCCGCAUUCGUCUCGUGUGCACGCUACUCGAGACUUGCGGCCAGUACUUUAGCGGUGGAUCCAGCAAGAAGAGACUCGACUACUUCCUCGUAUUUUUCCAGAACUACUUCUGGUUCAAGUACACGGACCCGAUUUGGACGCCCGAGAAUCCGUUCCCCGUCGGGAUAGAUUACAUGUAUCGCGACACGUUGACGAUGCUGCGGCCCAAGAUGCAGCUGUUCCAGAGCUACAAAGAGGCGCAAUGCGCCGUGGAGGAGCUGCGCAACACCCUCUACCCGGCCUUGGGUAAUCCUCCCGUCGACGACACCGCCGCGGAGGGCGAAAACGACAUGGGCGUUAUUCCGGAGGGCGAUGAGGAGGCAGCGGUGACUGGAAACGGUAGCGGGGAUGCGAAGGGCAUGGCCGAGCUGCACUUCGAGGAGUCCGAAGAUUGCUCGGAGGCGCAGUCGGAAGAGGAGUGGACGGCCGACGCGGAACGGGACGACGCUAUGGGCACUCAAGAGAACACUCAGGGCGACCGAUCUCAGAGUCUCUCGGCGGAAGGUGGCACCGAGGGCGUGAUUGUGGACGUGACGGAGGAACUGAACGCAGUUCUGCCGGCCGGGCCACGGCGCGUCAGCUGUCCGGAGGACGACGACUUCCUGUCGGCGCUGGACAAGAUGGUCUCGGACAAUAUACAGGACCGUAUGCGAGAUUCGGUGAAGCCGCAGCAAGUCGACAUCUCCGUGCCGUUGCACGUCAAGAGCACGAAGAAGACGUACGAGCAGCUGCAGGAGAGGCCGACCGAUAACGGCACGGUAGAUUUCAUACUGAUGCUGCGAAAGGGCAACAAACAGCAGUACAAAAAUCUCGCGGUCCCCGUGUCGUCCGAGUUGGCCAUGAAUCUCAGAAAUCGCGAACAGGAGCAGAAAGAGGAGAAGGCGUGCGUGAAGAGACUGACUUUGACCAUCACCGAGAGGCAAGAGGAGGAGGACUACCAAGAGACUAUGAAUCAGAGCACGAGACCGGUCACAGUCAACUUGAACAGAGAACGGCGGCAAAAGUAUAACCAUCCUAAAGGAGCGCCCGAUGCCGACCUCAUCUUUGGACCGAAGAAAAUUCGAUAAACGAAGAGUGUCGAAUAAUUUUUGAAGACUAAAGACAAUUGCACGAUUGUCAACCUUCAUCGAGAAGUUGAGACAGACGUGAGAUGAACUCGGCAUAGUUAACAAGUCGACUAACUUCGGCUACAAUCAGUUUUGUCGCUUUGCGCUAUGACCUGUCUCAGAGUUUCUUCGAAGAAACGAACGACUAAUGAUGUCUCGUACGCAUCAAAGCUUGGAUGAAUGUAUUAUAUUGUACAAAUGAUGCAAAUUAGUGCAUUUGAACGAAUAAGCUGCAAGACUGGUACAAUAAAGCCCUCGUUAAAGAAGUUACGAUAACUAACUUCGAUAUAGAUACAGGAUGAGGCAAUAACUUUGUCCACCUCGAAUAUCUCCGCUAUUUUUAGAGAUAUGAAAAAAUUAUAAUUACGAAAGUUGUACCGUAUCAAGGGAGCCAUAACAUGUUAGUAAUAUUUUUUCAAAAAGUGGAUAACAUUACUAACAUGUUAUGGCUCCCUUGAUACAGUACAACUUUCGUAACUACAAGUUUUUCGUGUCAUCAUUCAUCUAAAAAUAGCGGAGAUAUUCGAGGUGGACAAUGCUAUUGCCUCACCCUGUGUAUAUAUAUAUUACGAAUGCAUAAAAUUCAUUUCCCUGGCCGGUAUGUAUCAAGUAUAUUACAUAUACAUGUGUAACAAAUACAUAUAUUAAAAACUCGUUCGCCAUGGACUAUGCAACGCACUGCCGAUUUUUGAUUACGCGCUGGGUUUAUUGUAUCAUAUAAAUGCACUUUUAAUGCAACUAGCUAUACAUCGAUACGUAUGAUUUAUCAUAUACAUGAUAACUUUUGUGUGUCGCGAGUGUUGUUACUAGACAUUUUCACGCAGACUUAUAAUUCAUCAUUAUUUUGGCUUUCAACAAAAGCUAUGUUGUGAUAAAAUAUACGAUCAAUUUAUAUACAGCAGC